CAAAUGAAGGAUGUAGCUUAUGGAACAAGACAAUAUAAAAUACAAGUUGGAGAUGAUGAUGCAGAAUCAACUAUGGAUUUUGAUGAGACAGUGGCUUUAGAAAGAGGACAGAAUUUGUUUGAAAUUCAUGUUCAUAAGUUGAACCUGUCUCAGGAAGCUUUGAAAAUUAUUGGUGAUGAAGAACCAUCCACCUUCUGUACAUGGGAAUUCUUUGAGUUUGAAACUCAGUCAACACCAGUUUGUAGAGGUCCAAGACCUGUUUUUGAUUUUACAUCACAGUAUGUUGUUAAAGUAGAUGAUUUCUUUUUACAUUAUCUUCAAAAGGAAACUUGUACACUAGAAUUACAUCAAUCAUUUGGACAAGAUUUCCGUACUAUCUCAGCCUGUCAAUUGAUGUUUAAAGAUAUAUUUGAUAAACCACAUGGUAGAAUUCAUGGUGUGGCUUCAUUAACAGGUAUAGAAGAUGGUGAAAAUCGUGGUAUUGGUUAUGGAACUGUUGAAUAUUGGAUCAGAUUGAGAGUACCUAUGGAACAAGCUCUUAGACUCUAUAAGGAAAGAACCAAAGCUCUAGGUUAUAUAACACAAAAUGAUAGAGCUACCAAAGACCAACUACAAGCUCUAGAUGAAGCUGCUAGGGGAAGACCUAUGGAUAAUGUUAAUGAACUACAUGUUAAGAUAAGACAAUGUUCUAGAUUGAAAUCCAGAAGAAGUGGUGUACAGCCAUCACCAUACUGUAUGUAUAGUUUCUUUGAUUUCGGUGAUCAUGAUACAAAGAUAAUAGCUAAUUCUAAUCAGCCAGUAUUUAAUGAUCACAUGACUUAUCCUGUACCAAUGACACUUGAAUUAGAUCAAUAUUUAAGACAAGAGCAUCUUAAGAUAUUUGUGUUUGAUGACACGGACCCAGAUGAAACAUCCUAUAUUGGUGAGGUAGAUAUACCCUUGUUAUCAUUGGCUAAUGGUAAAAAUAUAGAGGGACCAUUUGACUUGAAGAAUGCUGAUGGUACUAACAGUGGUAUAAUAGAACUAGAUCUACAUUGGCAGUAUUCUUAUUUACCACCU